AUGUGGUAUGUUACCUUCUCUUGUCUGGGAAUAUCCCCCGUGAUUCGGUGCCAGUUUCGAUCGAGAUCUGAUCUGAUCGCAGGCAAAUCCUCCAUCACCAUGCGGCUGGUCCGUAGUCAAUGGGUUCACGAAUAUGAUCCAACUAUCGAGGAUUCAUACUCCGUCACCCGCAAGGUCGAUGGACACCCCUACGUUCUUUCCAUCACCGAUACCGCAGGCCAGGAGGAAUACCGUGGGCUAUGGUCUGCCUCAACCCUGAACUCGGACGCCUUCCUCCUGGUCUACGAUAUCACCAAUCCAUCGAGUCUUGAAACGCUAGAUCAUUUCAUGGAGAUGAUCCAUAUGGAGGCGGAACAACGCGUCGAGGACAAGCAGCGACUGCGCCAGGAGUUGGAAAAGAAAUCUGGAAGUGUAAGCCAUGUUGGCCUGCCACCGCCAGUUAAAAUCGUCGCGGGCAACAAAUGCGAUCUCAAGGAUGGUCGGGUGGUGACGUCCCGCGAUGGACUCGAGUAUGCGCGCAAGCACGGCUGCGGGUUUAUGGAAACCAGCGCUCGCGAUAUGGUCAACAUAGAGGAGACCUUUGCCCUCCGUCGCGUUGUCGAAGCCCGACUCCAAAGCCAACACGGUCCGCCUCCUCCCCAGUGCGAGCCAUCGCACAAUACCCUACCAACAACCACUGUAGACGCAAUUGCAGGCGAGACCCGAUCCCGUGGAAGUCGCGUGUGGGAGUUUAUCAAACACCGGAAGACAACGGAACCCGCAAAACAGGGUCAGGAACAGAGUGAAACCCAGAACGGAACCGAAAAACAUAAACGUCAAAAGUGUUAUCGGGGCUGCUGCGUUUGUCGGCUCUGGUGUUUUCACUGCUCUUGUUGA